AUGACACCGCAGGCUCUAGCGCAAGACCCCGGGACUCGUGCCAGAUUCCCUGCUAGCAUAAUGUGGAACUGGCGAUUGAGCAGCAAAAACGUGGGGUUGUAAGCGGACUAACAACGCGUCAAGAGCUUUCAAUUACUUUUAGUUCCACGCGUUACUUAUUCGCAUAUCGAUAUUGAUUGGUAAAUCGUUCUAGAUACGGAGUGUAGACGAGUAGCGCGAGCGAUGGACUGAUGGCGACGACACCAAUAUCAACCGAGCUGGUGUAGGAAUCUAUUCUUACGAUGUUGCCGUAGCGCGCCUGCCUGUCAACAAUGGAACCGCCAACGAAACGACCGAGGGUCGGCCAAGCUACCUACGAUGACAGCGAUGAAGAAGUCAAUGAUGAGCUCUCUUUGACGCCAAGCCAAUUCGACGCGCAACAAGACCCCAUGUACCAGCUGGACAAACGCAGAGCCAAAGCGACAUCCAAGCUGAAGUUCCGAUUUGAGCACAUCUUCAACAAGUACGAAAAGGACUUCGAGGGUGUAGGCGACGAGAUCAACCUGCACACAGGCGAGGUAGUUGUUGAUCAUGGUCAUAUACAGUCGCUGCAGGAUGAGAAGGACAGAGAAGAGGAGCUCUUGACUGACGAGGAGGAGCGCAUAUCACAAAGGAAGCCCUCAUCUUCCAGGUCUCUCGUGGCCGGCAGGUCAAUCGGCUACAAUGCAGCGCAUAUGCUUCAAAAUGGCUGGAUUCAACCGCCUGCCCUGCCUGGGGGCGAACAACGCCUGUCGAGUCUCGCAUUUUGCCCUCAAAUCUUCGGUGCGCCAAAUCCAUUUGCGUCUGGGGCCCCCCUCUUCCGCAGUGGCCCGGAAGACCCAGCGUGGCAGGCUCCUGAAAUUCCAGCCCCAAUAAUGCACAGUCAGUUUGGUUCAAUGGGACAGUCGAUGGGAUACAUGGCCUCAGAGGGUUUUGGAGAGGGCUCCGGGCUACUGAGUGGCUUAUUCGGCCAUCAAACGCGAAGGAGGAUCACGAGUAGCAACGAAUUCAGGAGGAAGUCUCUGCCGGCCUUUGCUUUAGAUAUGGAACGGGAAGGCAAAAAUGGGAAGGAGGGAGGGGGAGAAGAAGGAAACGAUGACGAUGAAGAGGAGGAUGAGAUCUUGCUUACUACACUGCAAGAUGACACUCAUGGCGAUGCCUCGGCUCAAGAGAGAGACAACCCUAAGGAGAGACAUCUUGUGACUCUUGCUUCCAUGAAGACCACAUCAAAGGCGCAAGAACAUGUUUUUGCGACGAGAAAACCUGGAAAGGAUUCUCCGCGCCGACGGGGACGAUCGAAGAAGACUCGGUCGGACGCCGAAUCCACGACCACCGGUCACGCAGAACAGCCCCAAACUAUCUUAUCAGAAGCAACUAUGGCAACUCCUGCGCCAAAAGAUACCUCCGACUCGGUUUCGAAACGAUCACCAAGUCCGCCUUCGGCAAAACGGAAAGCCAACGGAAAACAGUUGAUCGUUGCUAUAAUCAGGAAACAGGAUAUGCUACAGAACAACAGUGACACACCCAAGCUUCAAAGCCGGCGCUCAGCACGAUCACGAAAACAAACCCAAUUCUAUGGCCAGGUUUCUUGGUUGAAAAAACAGAGAAGGAAGGAGAAGCAUAAAUUCCUUCAUGUUAGCCUUACGUCUGCAAAUGAAAGCCCAACCAGUCCAGAGUCUACGAGACCAUUUCCAAAUUUGGAUGAUGCGACUAAAGGGGCCUUUAAGACUACUGAUUCAAUGGACAUUGACCAGGAACAGUCUGUCGUGAGCAAUGACGCUCCAGAAUAUGGUGGAAGCGAAACCGAGAUGACUGUAGGGAAAUCUGGGCUUUUAGAAGCUGAAAAUGCCGAACCGCAGCAUAUCGAGGAAGCUGCUUCGCCAGAUCAUGUCCAGCUCGGAGACGCCUCACAUGUCAACAUUUCGGGGGCAAUGUAUGUCGCCCCUGAUAAUAAAGCUGAGCGCAAGGGACACUCAGAGGUACCCACACCCGCCGAUGAAGUAACAGGGGUGGAUUUGUCGGGUCCCAAUCUUCUCUCUUCGACUCCAACUGCGGACGAGCCUCAAAUAAAAACCAAUGUGGCUGGUGUUACGGAGAUCUUUACAAGAAACGAGCCAGACCCUUCCUAUGCCUUCUCAGAUGAUGAAGAUGAAUAUCAGAGUCCUGAUCAUGUGUGUAUGGCCGACGCAGCCUAUAUGGACUCGCUAGAGAAGGCAAAUUCUGGGCCUAUACUCCUGGUAGCCGAAAAGACCAAAAGAUCAGGCAGCACCAAGUACCAAAUCGGAGAAGAAGAAGAUGCGAGUGAACAUGGUGAAGCUCAAACGCCGGAAGUGUUUAGCCCAGCCGAGCCUGGAGCAUUCAAACAGUCACCAGCACAGCCAAAUCAGCUGGGAUCACCGGAGCUGGGUGCGACCAACAGUCCUGAUGGCUCUCCCUCUAGUCAACGUUCAGCCGAACAGCUCCGAGCCUCGACGAUUAAACUCCCCCUUAGGUCUUCAACGAAGCUAAACAGACCCAAUGUUAGUCGAAACACGACCCGGGAGCAGAUAUCGGAUCCAGCACCCCAGAGUAGCACGCCGAGCUCGUCCUUGAAGCGUCAAUCGACAUAUUUGCCCCUUGUAUCCCCACACUCUUCCCGUGCCGUACCGCAAACCCCCAGAAAGCGCUCCCUUCCAUUGAAAGAAAGGGAAAGCAUACGCCAUCUCACGUCCUCAACCAAGAAGACCGCCAUCUCGUCGAUGGCUCCCGGUAAUUCGGAUGAUGACGAUGAAAUAAGCAUACUAUCCUCAUCCCACAUGCCGACGUUAUCCUUUCAUACCAGAUUUCAACAAGCUGCAUCGCACAUUUCGCCCUCGACACCUCGUCAGAACAGGAAGCAUAGUCUUCUGUUUGAGUCAAGCACGCCAUCACGUCAGCGAAGCCCGGGCCGUCCUGCAACUGAGUCGCGAGCCCAACAGAAAAUGCGCAAGCAGAAACCUGCCUCAUCACUUGCUUACAGCUCUCCAUUGGCGUUCACGCCGAAACGGAGGAAACCGUCCAGAGGUUUAGAACAUCUGGUUGAAAAUCUCGUGCGUACUCCUGGUGGAACCGUAAGGAGGUGUGGUGAAGAGGGCUUCUCGUGUGAUCGGGACUUCUGCUUUACGUGUUGCAAAUAGAGCAUCAUUGGUCAGAUCGACACAGUCAGGGGAUUCCACGGACUUUUGGCAAUCCGAUAUGGAUAUUACAUGGUUAACAGGGGACCAUGCUUCCACUGGCAAGAAAUACCAGGUACCGUUGUGUAUAUAUAUCACCCCAAGUAUCACCUUAGCUUGUUUAUGUUUCCUGCCGCGUGCUACCGGCUCUUGGAAUCCCCAGUCUGUCUAUUAAAACGUAUCUGUCAAUGACGAUGGCAUUCAGUGGCACAAAUAAUCCAUACAACCUGGCUCUUCAUAAGCGCUCCUUGAUGUCAAGUCUCAGCCUAUUGUGACUGUGUGAAUAGCGAUUCAGUCUGGGAUAAGUGGUUCAACACGAGAAAAUCAAAUUGUUACCGCCUAUCUACGCUACUGGUAAAACCGUAUUGUCGAGUGGUUUGUUAACCGCGAAAUUCGAUGUGGCCGGGGGAGGUGAUGCGAUGAUUGAGCGCGAAAUGGGGAAUAAUUCCUA